AUGGGCACCAAGUUUAUUAGGUCUCAAUUCGGUAUUUACCAAUUAGUUUGCUUGUGUGCUUGUGUAUGGCUCGUUUGCUGCCAACAGAUAGGAAGAAGCAAUGACUAUGUAGAAGGGCCAUUGGACAGUUUAGACAGACUGGGGCUAGCAUUGCGAACUAUGAUAACUUCUCUCUCCGGGCUACUAGUAUGGCUACAGCAAGUGCCCAAUGAAAUAAGUAGAAGAGUUCCUUUGCUGGGGCUGUCUGAAGAAGCAAUUCGAACACUAAACCGAAUAAUGCAAGUAAUGGGCCGCUUGCAACUAGUGACAACCGAACAAAUGGAGCUAGCAGUGGCACGGCUAUUAAUAGUUGAAUUGACACAAAACAAUUGUCUGGAGGAGUUACUGCUAAUCAAUCGAGCCUUACAAGCACUACAAAGCCGGUAUAACGAACUGCUUGCCGCGAAUCGUUUGCCGGGCCGAGAAGAACACCAAUUCAAUGAAGCUUUGGUAAGACAAGCAAGACUGCCACUAUCUCAAUGGCCAAUAGACGAUAAAGACAUAGAGGUUCUUUUUGAUCUUUUCUUAGCUGAUAAGUAUUCUGAACCAGUAAACAAGGUCGCAUCGUUCAAGCAAUUGUUUUUGGCAUAUUACAACCCUUACAAUCCUUGUUGGUUUGAACUAUCUAGUUGUCAUAAUCCACCAGAUAGAUAUAAUGCAUGCUUGAAUAACAACUGGACUGAAAACGCCUUGGCAAACCUAUUGCGUGUUUUAAAGAAGUGCACUCGAAUCCAGAUCAAGAUAUUUCGCAUCCAAAUAACCCACUCACACAUCCACACUACGAUCCCUAUCCUCUUUCGUCUUUUAUCAAUAAUCCGACCGCCACGACAUCGGCAUAAAGCAUUAUAUAUCAACAUUUCUAGAUUGGAACCAGCAUCCAACCCAAACCCACUCUCGGCCGAAUGCCCACUGCUGCCUGAUGGUUUCCAAAUGCCAACGCAAAGCACUAAUUGGCCGCAAUAUAAUAUUACAAUAAGGCUCAAUAACAUUACUAAGCCCAACCAAGUAGCCCUCUGGCCAAUACUUUCGUCCUUUCCAAUAUCAUCCUUAUCAAUAUAUACGCCUCUAAUUCAGAAGAUUGACUUUCUUGACAAUAUAAACUGGACAGACAACUACGUUCUAAUUUUGAAACUCAACACACCCAACACUAUCCUCACCUUGCCACCCCCGCCCACUAUCAAGGGAACAACCAACCGACUUACCUGCCAGCAACUAUCUAUUACCACCGACCUACCCUUAACCUACCCCAACCCAAAACUCGCACACUACCCAAACAUUGUAGUUAUGGGUCUUAGUGAUUAUCUCCAGCCAAUUAGCCACCGCAACCCCGGCAUAGCGCAAGUUCAAAAAGUAGUUUUGACUAUCAACAUUCUGAUAUCCUAUACUGUCUUUGAUCUCAACCAAUCUAUGUUUAUUGCACAACUCGUAAUAACUGAACUUCCUUCUAACCUUACUCCACAAAUAGCCCAAGACAUACACGCCCAACUAAUUACACUCCGCUCCCAAUUAGCCAAUCAGGAUCCAUCUUCUAAUUAUGAUGCUAACCCCAACACACCCCAAUACCAGAUUCUCACCCACGCUCUAAGUCUCGUCUUUCGGGAAGGAGCCGGAAUAAACUGCAACAAUCCGCCCACUAGCCAUCCAUUCUUCGCCUGCUGCCCCUAUCUACUAACCCAAUACUAA